CCACGCGGUACAAAGCUAUGAGCUAGACAUGUGAUAAUUGCGUGUUAGAGGUUAUAUUGUGUGAAUAAUUUUUCAGUGAUAUUAAGCGAUAUUAAUUAGGUAACAUAAACAUCAAAGGUUCCGACUGUACUGUCGUAACUGGUUAUAGCUAAACUGUGCCAUUAUCGUAAACACCCAGGAUAAGGUUAAUUAUCGAGUUGAAAGUAUUUUUUCUAUAGCCAUCAGUCGAUAUUCUUCAAUGAAUCAAUUUUUUAUAGUGUUUGCAGUAGACUUGAUCACUUAUAUGAAUUUAUAGAAUGACUUCCAAAUCUGAGAUCACGUUGGAACACUUUUACAUUUUUAAUGGCACUUAUGCAAAAAAGGAAGGAGAGGAGGAAAAAAAGAUAUUGUAUUAUUAUCCCGAAAAAGAUCUAGAUGUUCAAAUUAAGAACAUAGGGCUCAGCGAAGCAAUAAUUAAAUUUACUGAAUACCAUUUUUACAGAUCUUUCAAUCCUGGUCAACCAUGUGAUUAUUGUCAUACACAUAAAACACGUCAAAUAUAUUAUCAACCAGAGCCCAAUUUCUGGAUGGUAAUGAUUGUUGGUGUACCAUACAUUUACAAAGAAAAAGAUGGUAAUAAGUAUCAGAAUGACGAAGUGUCCAGCAGUGUUUGCCAAGCUAUAUUAAAGCAGACGUAUAUGAUGUUUAGAUUAUUUAUGGGGUCCUUUGAAACUAUCAUUAAUGAUCCUGAAUGUGGUUCUGUAAUGCUGUUAAAACUUAAACUCGAACAUUUUUACUCACGAUAUCUCCUUUCACUAAAACUGAAUAAUAGUGAUAUACUAGAUGUUUUUCAAGGUCUACAAUUCUUACCUCUUGACAAGAUUACGUUUCUCAAAGUGCAAUGCUUUAUGAAUCUUGUAGAAGCUAUGUUUACACAAGUAAAAUACACAGCAUUCCUCUAUAAUGAUCAAGUUGUUUGGAGUGGUUUGGAACCUGAAGAUAUGCAAGUAGUUUAUAAUUAUUUAGUGAGCACUCUUUUGCCAGCUCAUCUCGAAAAAGAAUUACAUGGAGGUUCAAUACCUAGAAAUUCUCCAUCACCAUUCACUUCUUCACAUUACGGAAAAUUUGUUACUGGACCUGCUAGUGUUAACGAGCCCAGUUUAAUUGGAAAAUCACCAAAAGUUUUUAUCAAUUAUUCUACCAAGCCUGUGUCAUUGUAUUUAGUAGUGUAUCGAGCACUAAGCGCUACAAUAUGUCUCUUUGUCGAUAAGAAAACGAGUUUAUUAAUUGACUUCUUCAAGAGCUUAGACAGUUUUCUGGGACCACAAUUAACCACGUUAGUUAGCUCUGUAGCUGACCAAUGUUCUAAACAUGUAAUAGUCACGCCAGAAUCGUGUACCAAGUAUCUAUAUUUUAAUAAGUUGAACUUAGCGUACAAAAGUACAAUACAUUUAGAUAAUAGACGUUGCUCUAAUGUACUUACGACACCUGAAGUAUUAAGGAUUAUCACUGAUAUAUACAAUGAUAAAAACAGAUUGAAGGAAGCUGGAGAAAUAAUUAUAAAGACUAUGAGCGAUUAUUGGGUUAUUGGAAAAUUGUCUAAUUUGAGAGAAUUUUUUGUUGUCAUACAACAGAAAAGUGCAAGUAUCAUAGAAAUUGAUGAUGAAGUAAAGAGACUUUGUGAGAAACAAUUAAAAGGCAUCUUUUUCCAUUGAUAAAUGUGCAACAAAAAAGUAGAAAUAAUUAAAUUAUGGAUAUCAUUUUCUUAUUUUUAUGAUUAUGAGAUUGACAGGAGUAACGAGUCAACUCACACCUUUACUACUUUGCCCUUUAUUCGCGGUGCAGAUGCAUGUCUGUACUUCGCCAUAUUUUGUCUCUUAGAAGCAAAAUUUACAAUAUUUGGCCAUGAAUCUUUACUUUUUUUUUUUAAUAACAAAACCUGUUAAAGAUAGUUCAUGAUAAUUGUUUCCAUGAAACGAAAGAUUGACCAUGAUAGCUUUUGGAUUAAAUCGUCAAACCUAAAGAGCCAAAUUUUGUAAUUUGAUUAUUAAAACAAUAAAGAUUAUCUGCACAACUGCCUAUAGCGCAGAUCGAGUUAGAUAGCGUAAUUAAUUUUCAUUUUGCUUGUUUUCUCCAAAAAAUAACUGUAGCGGGCUACAGAUUCUCCUUAUUACGAUAUAUCAUAAUGAUAGUGAUUCUUUUGAUAUUUUAACCGUAAUUUGGAUGAACAGAAAUUUGUCAGAUAUUUACAGUUUCUCUUCUGUCGAUCCUUAAUCUUCCAACAAUGUUAUUUCACUAAUUAUUAGCAGGCAAUAUAUGAAAUAAUUGUAGGAAUAUAAUUUGUACAUAUGUGUAUAAUGUCAAUUAUCUCUAGUUAUAUUAUUAUUUAUUACUAUUGUUCUACUGAAAAAUUAAAUAAAAAUUGUUAUAAAUAAGACAGAGUAAUACUAAUAAUAGUUGUAUGUAAUAAGUAAUAGCAUUCUUGUAAAAUAAUAAAAAAAAUGUUGAG